AUGGCACAUCUCCAUGACUUCCUCCCACCAGGAAAUAAAAUUCCUACCUUAAAAAAAACCAACACAUUUUUGCCCCCAAAUAUUGGAAAAAAAAAAAAAAAAAGAGGAGCAGCCCAAAGCAUUGCAGCACCCAAUUGUGGGGCCACAGGGGACCCCCUCCCAUGGGGGUCAGCCAGUGCUGGGGGCUGGUUUCGGGGCUGGCUGAUGGGCCAGCCCUGUUUUCCCAGAAGGUGGCCUUUGAAACCUCCCGGCAUUUCCUCAAAGGUUUCUCAGGGGAAAGUCCCCAUGGUGCCAUUCCCGCGGCUGGGUGCCUGCCUCCUCCAUAAAACGGUGAGCAGGCAGCAGCAGCAGCAGGAGGCAGCAGCAGCAGCAGGAGGCAGCAGCAGGCAGCAGCAGGCAGCGGGACAUUGCACCAUGGGCAACUGGCUGGUCAACCACUGGUUCUCAGCUGCCGUCCUGGCAGCCUGGCUGGGCAUCAACAUCUUCCUCUUCACCUACUAUUUUCUGUUCUUCGACUGGGAUGAGCGAUACUUCUACACCAGGGCCAUCCUUGGGUCCGCCUUAGCGUGGGCACGAGCAUCAGCCAAGUGCCUCAACUUCAAUAGCAUGCUGAUCCUGCUGCCCGUCUGCCGCAACCUCCUCUCCUUCCUCCGUGGGACCUGCUCGUGCUGCAGGCGGACUCUGCGGAAGCAGCUGGACCACAACCUCACCUUCCACAAGCUGGUGGCCUACGCGCUGGUCCUGUUCACAGCUGUGCACACCAUCGCUCAUCUCUUCAACCUGGAGCGCUACAACCAGAGCCAGCAAGCCACUGACCGCAGCCUCCCUGCCAUCCUCUCCAAGAUGCACCUGCAGGGCAGCAACAAGUGGCUGAACCCCAUCCACUCCAACCAGACAACGGUCGAGUAUGUGGCCUUCACCACCAUCCCGGGGCUGACAGGGGUCAUCAUCACGCUGGCACUCAUCCUCAUGGUCACGUCCUCCACCGAGUUCAUCCGCAGGAACUACUUUGAGGUCUUCUGGUACACACACCACCUCUUCAUCAUCUACUUCGCUGGCCUCUUCAUCCAUGGCAUCGCCGGGCUGGUGCGCGGGCAGACGGAGGAGAGCAUGGAGGAGGUGCACCCCUAUCGCUGUGCCCUCAACCUCACGGACAGAGCUGAGAACUGCAGCCACGACUGCUGCAAAGACCCUGAGUUCGGGAGCAUCCCUGCCGAGUCCUGGAAGUGGGUUCUGGCCCCUGUCCUCCUCUACAUCUUUGAGCGGAUCCUCCGGGUCUGGCGUGCGUGGCAGAAGGUGGUUGUCAAAAAGGUGGUCAUGCACCCUGCCCGUGUGCUGGAGCUGCAGAUGCAGAAGAAGGGCUUCCACAUGGAGGUGGGGCAGUACAUCUUUGUCAACUGCCCUGCUAUCUCCCUGCUGGAGUGGCACCCCUUCACCCUCACCUCAGCGCCCGAGGAGGACUUCUUCUCCAUCCACAUCCGGGCAGCUGGAGACUGGACAGAGCGUCUCAUUGACACCUUCCAGCAGCAGAAGCCAGAGAUGCCCAGGAUUGAAGUGGAUGGCCCCUUCGGCACAGCCAGUGAAGACGUGUUCCAGUACGAGGUGGCCAUGCUGGUGGGAGCGGGCAUUGGCGUUACUCCCUUCGCUUCCAUCCUGAAGUCCAUCUGGUACAAGUUCCAGCAGGCUGACCAGACCCUCAAGACCAAGAAGAUCUACUUCUACUGGCUCUGCCGGGACACUGGAGCCUUUGCCUGGUUCAAUGACUUGCUUGCCUCCCUGGAGCAGAAGAUGGCUGAGUCGGGCAAGGCAGACUUUCUCACCUACCGGCUCUUCCUCACCGGCUGGGACACCAGCAUUGCCAACAACGUGGCUCUCCGCUUCGACACCCCUACGGACACGGUGACGGGCCUCAGGCACAAAACCAUCUUUGGGAGGCCCAUGUGGAACAGCGAGUUUGCAGCGGUGGCUGCAGCCCACCCCAGGUCAGUGGUUGGUGUGUUCCUCUGUGGGCCGGCAGCUUUGGCAAAGAGCCUGCAGAAGUCUUGCCACCAACACUCCAGCCUGGACCCGAGGAAGGUCAAAUUCUACUUCAACAAGGAGAACUUCUAAGUGGCAGCCAGUCUAGGAACUCAGCGGGCUGAGGACACUGCCAGUCCCACCUCACACCCCAUGCCAGAGAAUGGCCACAGAUAAGCAUCUUGCUGAAGAGAGUCUGCACCAAAGCCAGGCACGAUGCAAGUGUCCUUCUCCAUGAGGAACUCCACGUUCAGCAGCUGCUGACUUCUUGACCCCAUCUACAAGGGGUCCUUGUUGACUGGGCCUGCAGCUCCAUAUGGCCCAUUGAGGAGCAAGAGGCACGUGCUGUGAUGCUGCUGCUGGAGCAACAGGAAGCAGUGGGAGCACCCAGUGGGCUGGGCAGAACCACAGGUUGGGGAUGGACAAGAGAGGGGCACGUGGAGCAGGCCCUGGGGGCCAAAGCUCCUCUUCUGGAUUUAUAUAGUUCUUUGCAUAAAAAGGUAAAUUAA